AGCUACAACAACUUACUUCGAUAAUAUUUCACACGUGGAUCAUAACUGGAGAGGACCUGGAGAUAGAAUGCCGUUAACUUGGAUCUUGAGAGAUAUUAAUGUGUGUAGGAUGCUUAAUCUCAUAUGCCUCAUCUUGGCAUUAGCCGUACCAUUUUCAAGCUCCAUGGAAGAUGAUGCCCCUCGGCCAGUGAUUAUCUCUUUACCCAUUAACGUUGCUAUGCCGUCUCAACGUUCACCUUCUUAUGAACCAGAAGAAAGUGCCGAGGAACAACCAAGAGAACAGAGAAUUGUACCGAGAACAUACAACCCUUUCACAGACAAUGAUUACCCGCAAGAAGAAAAUCAGGAUUCUAACAACAACAACAACAAUUAUCAAGCAUCCAACAACUUUCUACCUUGGAAUCCCGGCAACAGGUUCAUGGUACUACAAAUCAGUGACUUCGUCAACAGCAGAAAUCAACAACCAACCGAUUCUGAGGAGCAGGAAAGAGUGGAGGACACAAGGGUGCGGAAACAACGAAAACCCUCUCAAGGGACAUUCGAUUUCGAAGAUUACAGGGUAACAGAACCAAGUAGGAGUAGAUCGAGCAAGGUCAAAAAGCAGAGAUCUUCCUCUAGUUCCCAAGAAAGGAAGAUGAAAACUAAAUACGAAGAACCUGAAGAAGAUGAAGAAGACGGCGAAGUAUACGGUACUGAUCCAGUGGUGCAUUAUUUAAAAGAGAAAAAAAGGAAAAGCAAGAAAAAGAAUUUUGAUUUUAGUAAUAUGAGGCAGGAUGAUGAUGAUGAAUUUACUAUGAGGGACUGGUGGAGUUAUUAAAUAUUUCAUAAUCAUUUCUUUGAACCAUUUGU